AGUUUGGCGGGAAAAUACUCUUUUCGCGCCACUCGCCGCGGAGAGGACGGAAGGAAGGAGCCGGCAGAGACCCAGCGCUGAUUCCCCCUCACAGACCGAGAGCAGAGCUUUAACCCAGUCUGAUGGCCAUGGACGCCCCCGGAGCCGGGAUGGAGCUGGAUGACCAGGAGAUGAGGGAAGCCCAGAGGGAAUACCUGGACUUCCUCGAUGAUGAGGAAGAUCAAGGGAUUUACCAGAGUAAAGUGAGGGACAUGAUCAACGAGAAUCAAAAUCGAUUGAUUGUAAACAUCAAUGAUCUACGGAGGAAGAAUGAAAAACGAUCCACUCAGCUUAUGAAUAAUGCCUUCGAGGGGCUCAUUGCUUUCCAGCGGGCUUUGAAGGAGUUUGUUGCAUCUAUUGAUGGCACGUACGCCAAGCAAUACGAAGACUUUUAUAUUGGUCUAGAGGGCAGCUUUGGCUCCAAACAUGUCACCCCUCGCACCCUGACUUCGCGUUUUCUCGGCUCUGUUGUCUGCGUGGAAGGCAUUGUCACAAAGUGCUCCUUGGUACGACCUAAAGUAGUUCGCAGUGUCCAUUAUUGUCCAGCUACAAAGAAAACAAUAGAACGCAAGUAUACAGAUAUGACCAGUCUAGAAGCAUUUCCUUCCAGUGCAAUCUAUCCUACCAAGGAUGAAGAAAACAACCCUCUGGAAACAGAAUAUGGCCUUUCAGUAUACAAAGAUCAUCAAACCCUUACCAUCCAGGAAAUGCCUGAGAAGGCACCAGCUGGGCAAUUGCCACGUUCUGUGGACAUCAUAUUGGAUGAUGACCUUGUUGACAAAGUGAAGCCUGGAGACCGUGUGCAGGUCAUAGGGACAUAUCGCUGCCUUCCCUCAAAACAAAAUGGCUACACGUCUGCAUCAUUCAGGACUAUUCUGAUAGCCUGUAAUGUGAUACAAGUGAGCAAGGAAGUAUCACCUGUUUUCUCAGCAGACGAUUUGGCUAAAAUAAAGAAAUUCAGCAAAACGCAUUCUAAGGAUGUUUUUGAGCAGCUCUCUAGAUCGCUUGCUCCAAGUAUACAUGGACACCACUACAUCAAGAAGGCGAUCCUCUGCAUGCUACUUGGAGGUGUAGAAAAGGUUUUGGAAAAUGGGUCCCGCAUCAGAGGGGAUAUUAACGUCUUGCUUAUUGGGGAUCCCUCUGUUGCCAAGUCUCAGCUCCUCCGGUAUGUGCUUUUCACUGCUCCCCGCGCCAUAACUACAACUGGCAGAGGAUCCUCAGGUGUAGGUUUAACUGCAGCAGUUACCACAGACCAAGAGACUGGGGAGAGAAGGCUGGAAGCUGGUGCCAUGGUGUUGGCGGACAGAGGUGUCGUCUGUAUUGAUGAGUUUGACAAAAUGUCUGAUAUGGAUCGUACAGCCAUCCAUGAAGUCAUGGAACAAGGGCGAGUAACUAUUGCCAAAGCUGGCAUUCAUGCCCGCCUAAAUGCUCGGUGCAGUGUGCUGGCAGCUGCUAACCCAGUCUAUGGAAGGUAUGACCAAUAUAAAAAUCCCAUGCAGAACAUUGGUCUCCAGGACUCCCUGCUGUCACGUUUUGAUCUUCUCUUCAUUAUGCUGGAUCAGAUGGACCCAGAGCAAGAUCGUGAAAUCUCAGACCAUGUAUUGCGCAUGCAUAGGUAUAGAGGAGCUGGAGAACAAGACGGUGAUGCAAUGCCUCUGGGGAGUGCUGUGGAUAUUCUUGCCACAAAUGAUCCUAAUGUCACUCAUGAGGAGCAGCAAGAACUUCACGUCUAUGAGAAACAUGACAAUCUCCUCCAUGGUACUAAAAGGAAGCGGGAGAAGAUUGUCAGCAUGGACUUUAUGAGGAAAUAUAUACAUGUUGCUAAAAUAUUUAAGCCGGCAUUGACCUCAGAGGCUGCUGCUUACAUUGCAGAGGAAUAUUCACGAUUGAGAAAUCAAGACCAGAUAAGCAGUGAUGUGGCUAGAACCUCCCCAGUCACUGCACGUUCUCUGGAGACGUUGAUCCGUUUGUCUACAGCCCAUGCAAAAGUUAGAAUGAGUAAAACUGUUGAGCUAAAAGAUGCAGAAGCUGCAGUCGAACUUGUACAAUAUGCUUACUUCAAGAAGGUACUUGAGAAAGAGAAGAAACGGAAAAAGCAGGGUGGUGGCUCAGACACAGAAGGAGAGGAGGAGGUAUCAACACAGACUGAUGCUGAAGCGAGGAAAAAACGGAAAACUUCCCGUGCCAAGGAUGGGGAACAGCCUGACCCGUAUGAGUUUAGUGAUUCAGAGGACACUACUGUUCAGGUCCAUACACCGAAGACCCCUGACGCAGGACGUGAGAAAAUGGAAACAGAUGCAGAUUCCUCUAAACCAAGCUUAUCUGGAGACAGACUUAAAGCUUUCAAGACUGCUCUUCUGGAUGCCUUUAAGGCUGCACAUGCACAAUCUAUAGCCAUGCCAGCACUGAUGGAUGCCAUAAACAAGAACAAUGAGUCCCCCUUCUCUCAAGGGGAGGUAAAAGCUGCUCUGGAACUUAUGGAAGAUGCCAACCAUAUUAUGGUUUCUGAAAACAUAGUUUUCUUAAUCUGAUCUUUUUAAUGCACCAUGUUUUACACUCUCAAAGCAUGGUUUAAUGUGUAGAGGUCACAGCCAGAGAUUAGCAAUCUCUGAAAACAUUUUGGCUUAUUUUACAAGCUGCCUAGAUAGCCUUCGUAUUUCACACUUCACUAUCUUAAUCGAUUUCCUAAACCAGGGAAAAUGACCAUCUCUCAAAAAUGAUAGUUUGGGUUUCUACAUACACUUUUUGUAUGUUUCUGCAACUGGUUACUCAACUUUUUUCUUUUUUUUUCUCCUUUUAAAAUGGCUCCAAUUCUUAUUGUAAAUAGUUUUACAAAGUCUUUUUUUUAAUUGUGCCUAAAAUGCAAGUCAUCAAGUUAUAGUUGGUUCAACCUGUUCUAGUCCCUCUAGUGUAGAAAAUACCUUUUUCUAUUCUCAAAUUGAGGUCCAUGACUUUACCGAAUUUAAAUUUAUUUUAUCUC